AUGGCGCUAGACGAUUUGGAUGGCAGACACAGCGGCUUGCCUCUAUCAAGAAGUCCGGAGGCUCACAUACGGAUUGAGCCUCCACCUCCAGCGGAUGACGGGUUUCGAAAUUCAAUUCCUAUAAACACCAGCCCUAUUUUGAAAGGCGAGCAGGACUUCUCUCGACGGAGCGUGAAGGACUCGUCUGAUGCAUAUGACCAGCAUCUUCUGUCUAAAAUAGGGAAGCCGCUCUCUCCCCGACAGUCUCUGAGUAUGGGUUCUGAGAAUAGAGGCCCUCUAUCAACACUUCCCUUACCUUCGAGAAAUUAUGGAAGCUUGCCCUCACCUGGUGGCUCUGAUGGCUCUACGCUCGACGUGAGGUGGUCCAUUGGUUCUCAGUCAGGUGGGAUAUCACCUGGGACUAAAGUGGGCUGGAGAGACUAUAUUGGUUGCCGGAGCCCAAGUGUUGAGAGCAGUGCGCCUUCUUCUGCGGUAGACUACGAUAAUCCCAACUAUAUCCGCCGUCGGGGAGGUGGAGCCACGCCGCAAAACGAAGACUCGCUCAGUCUCCCGAGUCGAUCGAACCGGGGAAGCUAUGAUCAAGGUAUAUUCUCAGACAUCGAAGGGGAUUUCUCGACGGAUGAAUCAUUACCACCCCGUUUAUUUAAUGUUCGUGAAGCAACACCGCCAUACCUGGACACAUCCAAGUCCGGCAUGAAAAGACGAGCAUCUUCUCCCCCUAGAGAACCAAUUAGCGAUGAUAGGCACACGAUACAUGUAACGACAAGUAAUGGUGAUCUUUCGCAGCGAAGGACAUCUGGCCAUCCGUUCACGAAUACGUUAUCUGUCAAUAGCGCUUAUGCCCAGAGCCAUGGGAGUAUCUCAGCUGCGUCAUCUUUGAGCCUUCGAACCUCUGGGUCCUACUCGUCAGCAGCUCUUUCAAGCAGCGUUACAAGCGCGUCAGUGUAUGAGCGGUCGCCCGGGGGGCUCUCUCCAAAUUCCGACCUCGAAUCAUUCCACGACAAGUUUCAUCUCAAUCCUACCUCUCCUGGCGGAGUUUCAAACCAAUCGGCAAUGAGAGGUGUUCCGGGGCCUACUACGCUAGAACCACCCAACUCAAAUGUCGCAAGGAAGAUGUCUUUGCAGACGAGUUUGAACGUACCAAAACAAGCAGGUCCCAAGAUGGGUGGUUUGUUCAUUUGCGACUGCUGUCCCAAGAAACCCAAGAAGUUUGACAGUCCCGAGGAACUUCGCCCGUCAAUAGCGCACACGAGAUGGAGAAACAGUAUUCUUGCUUAUUUUGUAACAAUCGGUUCAAAAACAAAAAUGAAGCUGAGCGCCACCAAAACUCGCUCCACUUGCGGCGCCAUUCUUGGUCAUGCGCUGCCCUACCAGGAUACCAGGCUGCGUUCCAUCCUUCGUCUUCUCCUUCAAGCCAAACGAAUACAGGCCCCUCACACGACACAUGUGGUUAUUGUGGUGAAGAAUUCCCUAAUUUUCCUCAACCUGACUGGGACCGCAGGUCGAGCAUUUGACGACAGUGCAUAA